AUGGCUGAUAUGAAAUCAGGCGUUUUUGCGAAAAAUGUCCAAAAAAAGCUUAGCAGGGCCCAAGAAAAGGUUCUUCAGAAGUUAGGGAAAGCAGAUGAAACAAAAGAUGAACAAUUUGAAGAAUAUGUGCAGAAUUUCAAAAGACAAGAGGCAGAAGGUUCACGACUACAGAGAGAAAUGCGAGGAUAUUUGGCGGCUAUAAAGGGUAUGCAAGAGGCCUCUUUAAAACUCACAGAGUCUCUCCAUGAAGUUUAUGAACCAGAGUGGUAUGGAAGAGAUGAUGUAAAAUUGGUGGGCGAGAAAUGUGACGUACUGUGGGAAGACUUUCAUCAGAAAUUAGUGGAUGGCGCAUUGUUAACACUUGAUACAUAUUUAGGACAGUUUCCUGAUAUUAAAAAUCGAAUUGCCAAAAGGAGCAGAAAGCUAGUUGACUAUGACAGUGCAAGACACCAUCUGGAGGCCUUACAGAAUGCUAAGAGGAGAGAUGAAGGAAGAAUCUCUAAGGCGGAAGAAGAAUUUCAAAAGGCACAGAAAGUAUUUGAAGACUUCAAUACAGAUUUACAAGAAGAAUUGCCUUCCUUAUGGUCAAGACGAAUUGGUUUCUAUGUGAACACCUUCCAAAACCUAUCUGGACUAGAGGCAAAGUUCCACAAGGAAAUCAUAGGGCUGUGUCACAAAUUGUAUGAGGUGAUGAACAAGCUGGGAGACCAACAUGCUGACAAGGCUUUUACUAUUCAAGGAGCACCCAGUGAUUCAGGACCUCUUCGCAUUGCAAAGACACCAUCUCCUCCUGAAGAACCACCACAGAUCCCUAGUCCUUUAGCUAGUCCCAAUCAUAAUUUAGCACCUGCUUCACCGGCCCCAGCACGACCCAAAUCACCGUCACAGCUGAGAAAAGGACCUCCUGUCCCACCUUUACCUAAACUCACUCCAUCGAAAGAGCUGCAACAAGAGAACAUUAUUAGUUUCUUUGAAGAUAAUUUUGUCCCAGAAAUCAAUGUGACAACUCCAUCACAGAAUGAAGCUGCAGAACAAAAGAAAGAAGAAUCUUUAUUAGAUCUGGACUUUGAUCCAUUCAAGCCAGAAACAGCACCUGUAGGAAUAACACAAUCACAUUCUCCAAUGUCACAGACCCUGCCUUGGGAUCUCUGGACGACAAAUAAUGAACUAGUACAACCAGUAUCCAGCAGCGCAUUUAAUGGCUUUACACAGCCUGAGUCUUCAACAUCCUUGUUCACACUGCAGUCAGAUCAAAACGAUCAAAUAGUGGAAUCAGAUGUAGUGUCUGCUGUUGAAGCCGAUGAGUCCCAGACACAGGGAGAGAUACAGUCACUUUCUGAUGCCCCUCCUGAGGAAAUUAAGGCCCCUGAACAAACUGAGCUGGCGGACAAGACAGUGGAAACAAUUGAAGCUGAAGAAACCAAGGCAACUGAGGAAGUUGAGAAAGAUGCUAGUAAGAUUGAAGCUGAGUGUAAAGAAGAAAGUAUUGUUGAAACCACACCGGAUGUUACUGAGGAUUUUAAAGAGCCUGAGCAGGAGGUUGUUGAAGAAGUUGAAAUAAUUCAGGAAGCACCUUGCAUCCCAUCUGUGGUAAUUGAACCAGCAUCCAACCAUGAAGAUGAAGAUGGAUAUGAUGUUGAUAGUGUUACUCAUGUCAUGGAAGAUAAAGUUGAAAUCGAUGCAGUCCAAGAAACUUCUAUAGAGCAGAGUCAGAGCAUUCCCAGUGGUGAAUCGGGCGCCUUCGGUGGAUCUGACCUUCCUGAUGGUUUCCUCUUUAAGGCUGAAGCACUUCAUGAUUUUGAAGCGGCAAAUGAUGAUGAACUCAACUUGAAGAGAGGAGAUGUUGUUUUAGUGAUAGCCUCCGCCGCAACUGCUGAUCAGGAAGCAGGAUGGCUGUUCGGCAUUAGAGAAACAGACUGGCUGCAGAAUAAGAAUGGAGAAAAAAAGAAGGGAUUGUUUCCAGAAAACUUUACUCGCAGACUUGAUUAGUUUGAAAUUGAGACAAACAAUUGCUUUAGGACAUUUAACAAGAAGGUUUGUUGACCUUCUAAGAAUACAGGAGCCUACGCUGCACUGUUAAAGACUGGUACCAGAUCCAGCUUGGGGAACCAAUCAGACAAAAAAAAUGAGCAUGUAUGCAAAAUGUGAGCUAUAUUCUACAGAAUUUUAAAUGGGGAAAAAAAUUGUUUGUUCACUUGUAUGCAGCCAAUGGUUUGUUUGUGCUUUGUCAGAGCCAUGGUUUGGUGAUCUUUUUUUUUUUUUACCCACAGAGAUCCUUA